CCCAAAAAAAAAAAAAAAAAAAAAAACGAAAGAGAAUGUUUCUCUCAGAUCCAGACAAGACUAAAACGGUUACGUUGAUUUUGCAGGUUUCGCUUAGCGAAGGUACCAAUGAUUCCGACAGCUACGCGGUCAGAGUAACAUCCGGUGAUGCAUGCUGGACGCUGCAACGAUCUUACGAUAAUUUUGUUAUGUUUGACAAGCAGCUGCAUCGCUGCAUAUUCGACAGGAAGUUCUCAUCUUUGACAAAGCUUCCAGACACACGGCCAAAAAACACCUGUGAUAUACUGAGGGACUAUUUGAACCGGUUCUCCCAGUUAAAUCAUGAAGGCCUAAAUUGCGGUCCUGUGUUAAAUUGGCUGCAGCUAGAUAACAGGGGAAGAAGAAUCCUCGUGCCAGAGUCCGAUUCAUGCCCCAUUAAUACACCUGCAGUAGCCGCGGCUUAUGCAGUCAGACCUUACGUGGCUCAGGCACCGGAUGAAAUCUCCUUUCAGGUCGGGGACAUGAUUUCCGUAAUAGAUAUGCCUCCUCCAGGGGAAAGUACAUGGUGGCGUGGGAAGCACGGAUUUGCAGUCGGUUUUUUCCCAGCCGAAUGUGUGGCUGUGAUCGGAGAUAAAGUACCACGGCAUCUGACCGUGUCAACGACAGUUAGAUCGAAGUUACCCGUGAAACCGGUGCUUAGAAAGCACGGGAAGUUAAUCGCCUUUUUCAGAUCGUUUAUACUGAAUAGACCGUCUAGAAGACGAUUGAAGCAGUCAGGGAUUCUGAAGGAACGUGUAUUUGGUUGUGAUUUAGGGGAACAUCUCUUAAAUUCUGGUCAAGAUGAGCAAACUCUAAAUAACCAUAAUUGGGAUGAAGAACACCCACAUAUUAUUCUGCAUUCAAGACAUCAACACUAG